GCCCCUCGGUCGGCCUGUUUUCCGCGCCUGGGCGCCGGCUGCUACCGCCAAGGCGGCUACUGUGUUCCGAACUUGAGGUGAUGGGACUUCCCGAAGAGCGGAGCCGGAGCGGCAGCGGGAGCGGGGCCCGGGAGGAGGUUGGAGCCCGGAGCCCGACACGGAGCUGGUCUCCGCCGCCCGAGGUCAGCCGUUCGGCGCAUGUCCCCUCGCUGCAGCGCUACCGCGAGCUGCACCGGCGCUCCUUGGAGGAGCCGAGAGAGUUUUGGGGAGACAUUGCCAAGGAAUUUUACUGGAAGACCCCAUGUCCUGGUCCAUUCCUUCAGUACAACUUUGAUGUGACUAAAGGGAAAAUCUUCAUUGAAUGGAUGAAAGGAGCAACUACCAACAUCUGCUACAACGUACUGGAUCGAAUUGUCCAUGAGAAAAAACUUGGUGAUAAAGUUGCUUUUUACUGGGAGGGCAAUGAGCCAGAGGAAACCACCCAGAUCACAUACCGAGAGCUUCUGGUCCAAGUGUGUCGGUUCAGCAAUGUUCUCCGAAAACAGGGCAUUUGCAAGGGUGACCGAGUGGCCAUCUACAUGCCCAUGAUCCCGGAGCUUGUGGUGGCUAUGCUGGCAUGUGCCCGCCUUGGGGCUCUGCACUCCAUUGUGUUUGCGGGAUUCUCUUCAGAGUCUCUUUGUGAACGGAUCCUGGAUUCCAAUUGUAGCCUUCUCAUCACUACAGAUGCCUUCUACAGGGGGGAAAAGCUUGUCAACCUGAAGGAGCUGGCUGACGAGGCCCUGGAGAAGUGUCAGGAGAAGGGUUCCCCAGUGAAAUGCUGCAUUGUGGUCAAGCACCUGGGGCGGGCAGAGCUGGGCACAGGUGACUCUCCCAGCCAGUCUCCUCCGAUUAAGAGGCCAUGCCCGGAUGUGCAGGGUAAGCAGAAAGAGAAACCCAAGCACAUCCGGCCCCAGAUCUCCUGGAAUGAGGGGGUUGACUUGUGGUGGCAUGAACUCAUGCAGAAGGCAGGGGAUGAGUGUGAGCCUGAAUGGUGUGAUGCUGAAGACCCACUCUUCAUCCUGUAUACCAGUGGCUCCACAGGCAAACCCAAGGGCGUGGUACACACGGUUGGGGGCUACAUGCUCUAUGUGGCCACAACCUUCAAGUAUGUGUUUGACUUUCAUGCGGAGGAUGUGUUCUGGUGCACCGCAGACAUUGGCUGGAUCACUGGCCAUUCCUAUGUCACCUAUGGGCCACUGGCCAAUGGUGCCACCAGUGUUUUGUUUGAGGGGAUUCCCACAUACCCGGAUGUGAGCCGCCUAUGGAAUAUCGUGGAGAAGUACAAGGUGACCAAGUUCUACACAGCACCUACAGCCAUCCGUCUGCUCAUGAAGUUUGGAGAUGAGCCUGUUACCAAGCACAGCCGGGCGUCCUUACAGGUGCUAGGAACUGUGGGCGAACCUAUCAACCCUGAGGCCUGGCUCUGGUACCACCAGGUGGUAGGUGCGCAGCGCUGCCCCAUUGUGGACACCUUCUGGCAGACAGAGACAGGUGGCCAUAUGCUGACCCCACUCCCUGGGGCCAUACCCAUGAAGCCUGGUUCUGCUACCUUCCCAUUCUUCGGGGUAGCUCCUGCGAUCCUGAAUGAGUCUGGGGAAGAGUUGGAAGGUGAAGCUGAAGGCUAUCUGGUGUUCAAGCAGCCCUGGCCAGGGAUCAUGCGCACGGUCUAUGGGAACCACGAACGCUUUGAGACCACCUACUUUAAGAAGUUCCCCGGGUACUACGUGACAGGAGAUGGCUGCCGGCGGGACAAGGAUGGCUAUUACUGGAUCACCGGCAGGAUCGAUGACAUGCUGAACGUAUCUGGACACCUGCUGAGCACGGCAGAGGUGGAGUCAGCACUCGUGGAACACAAGGCUGUUGCAGAGGCAGCCGUGGUUGGCCACCCUCAUCCUGUGAAGGGCGAAUGCCUCUACUGUUUUGUCACCUUGUGCGAUGGCCACAUCUUCAGCCCAGCUCUUACUGAGGAGCUCAAGAAGCAGAUUAGAGAAAAGAUUGGCCCCAUUGCCACACCGGAUUACAUCCAGAAUGCACCUGGAUUGCCUAAAACUCGCUCAGGUAACCAGAAGCAUGUGGACCCCCAGGGAAAAUCAUGAGGCGGGUGCUUCGGAAGAUCGCUCAGAAUGACCACGACCUGGGGGACACGUCCACUGUAGUCGACCCAUCCAUCAUCACCCAGCUCUUCAGCCACCGCUGCUUGACCAUCCAAUGAAUAAGACCCUGCCUGGAACCCAGGAUUACCCCCUGCUUGGCUUUCCAAAGUUUUGCCCACCCUCCCUGCCCCCAUCCAGGAGUGCUGAGGGCCAGUGCUGACCCACAACACUUCCCUUGUCCAGCUGUCUGGGACCGAGGACCAUCUUUGCUUCUGGGUGGAGGCAACUUCCUGCGACCGCCAGGCAGAUGCGAGAGGGCCCAGGUCAGCCUCAGGCUGUGCCCCUAGACUGCAAAGAGCCCUUGGAGCCCUGAAGGGACCUGAAGGUCAUGUCCCAAACCCAAGUGUUCAGUGGGCAAAUGAGGGCAUGGACUGAAACAGGGAAGCAACUCUAAUCCUAUGUCAUCUCUCUCAGGAAGCACCAGUACUUAUCUUGGGCAUGCACUUGCCCCGAGAAAUGCCUGUUUGUGAGUCCUGAAAGAAUGAUUAUUUUUUAAAACGUUUUGUUGCUUCUCUUGUGGGUCUGAAUUCCCUUUUGUACCAGAUGGCAGUGCCUGUCUGCCAUCUGUUCCAGGGGCUCUGCAGGCAGCCUCAGUUUCCGGAGGGCUUUCAGAUCAUUUGUGUCUUUGAAGGAAUACCUGUAUUAUGCUGCCAGGACCAGAGGAGCUCGCUUUUCUUGUCCUCUGUUCCCAGCCCCCCUGAACAGUCUUGCCCAUGAGAGAUGUUCUCAGAUGAAGCUCUUUUUUCCUACCGAAGUUGUACUCAGGCCCUGUGGUUGUAGGAAUAAAGUCUGUGACUUCA